AUGGUUAGCGAAAGCGAGACCUCCUCGUUAACAUCGUCGAUAAUCAACUAUAGAUUCGAAAAUGGAAGACGUUAUCACGCCUACCAGGAAGGCAAAUACUGGGCGCCAAAUGACGAAGCUCAAAAUGACCAGCUCCACAUUGCCCAUCAUAUUUUCUUCUUGCUCUUUGACGGGAAGCUAUUCCAAGCCCCAAUCGAGGAUCCUCAACACGUCCUUGAUAUUGGCACAGGGACUGGUAUCUGGGCCAUUGAUUUCGCAGAUCAAUUCCCGUCGGCCGUCGUCACUGGUACUGACCUUUCUCCCAUCCAACCCACCUGGAUUCCACCGAAUUGCAAGUUCGAGGUUGAAGACUGCACCUUGGACUGGACUUAUCGAAAGAAUCAUUUUGACUUCAUCCAUGUUCGUGCUUUAUAUGGUUCCGUGAGUGACUGGCCUGCCUUCUAUGAUCAAGUGUACCAGCACCUCAAGCCAGGUGCCUGGUUCGAGCAGGUCGAAUACAGCGUCGACUGGAGGACAGACGAUGACUCCAUUCCGUCAGGCCAUAUCUUCACCUUAGCCUCGGCCAGUUAUGAGGAGGCCGGUGAAAGGAUGGGCAAGACUUUUCGCAUUCUUGACCUUCAAAAGGAUUAUGUGGAGCAGGCUGGUUUCGUGAAUGUCGUUGAGAAGAGAUAUAAAAUGCCGCUAGGGCCAUGGCCCAAAGACCCGAAAUUGAAAGAGAUUGGACGGUGGCAUCUUCUCGAGGCAUAUCAGGGGCUUGAAGGAUGGACUUUGGCACUGUUUACGAGGGUGUUGGGCUGGUCUUAUGAAGAGGUCCAGGUGUUUCUGGCCAAAGUGAGGGAGGGCCUUAAGGAUCCAACAAUUCACUCCUACACAAGGGUCUCUGUCGUUUAUGGGCAAAAGCCCGAGAAUUGA